AUGUUACUGUGCCGGAGAAGACCAGACCUGACCAAUCCAUGGAAGCCAAGUGUGGAGGAUCAAGUGGUCCGGUCCUCAUGGGGAUCUGACAUGUCAAUUGAUGACCCCGCUGAAGAUGAAAGUGGGUCCUACAUGACCAGGCCCCACCAAAACCCAUUCCAAAAUAAACACCAACAGCAGCAAGCUGGCCAAGAACUGCAACAAUUAGAUACGACACAAACCCAACUCAACCUUAACCAAUCUAAGUCCUCCACUUGUCAACAACCCAAUUCCUCUCACCCUACACAGCAACAGACUAUUCUGAACGAGAAAAAGGAAGAAGAAAAGAAGAAAGAGGAGGCUGUGACUGAGUCAUCAACAAGUCAACCAAGCCAACCUUCUAGGAGACUCAGCGUUCAGGACAGGAUUAACCUAUUUGAGAAUAAGCAGAAGGAGAACUCAGGUGGAAAACCUGUAGCUGUAGGGAAAUCUGCAGAGCUGAGGAGACUAUCAUCUGAUGUGUCAUCUGCUCCUGCAGUUGAAAAGUCUGUAUUGAGGAGAUGGAGUGGUGCAAGUGAUAUGAGCAUUGACUUGGGCAAUGACAAGAGGGAUGACAACAAUUUAGACAGCCCCUUGUGUACACCUUCUUCGUCCUCUGUAUCUGGAACCAAAAGUAAUGUGUUUCCUGUCUCAUCAGAUGAUGAUAAGGACCAGAAGGGUUUGAAUGACACAGCAAGUACAGCAAAUUUAGUUAAGUUGGAGACUAAGAGUGUUUUUGGGUUGAAAGAUCAGGGUGAGUUUCAAACUCAUGGUGGUGGGCUUGUGGGGAAGGACAAGGAGGUGAAUUUCAAUGGGAAAGUGAAUUUGAAAGAUCAAGCACGGUCUCUGGCCCAGUUGAGGUCAUCUGCAGGUAGAGAGGAGGAGACUGACGUGGGUGAUCAGGUGGUCAGGGAGGAGAAGUUGAAGGGUAAUAUACGCGAGGUAGAGAGGACUGGUGGAUUAAAAGCUCAACUGAUUUUUCAGGAGAAGUCGAGAGGUUUUCCAGAUAAAGCGGAGACUGUUGCAGUGAAAAACCAGGCUGGUCUGCGGACUGAGACUGGAAGUUUUGCGGGCAGGGUUGGUGAUUUAGAAUUUGGGAAUAGAAAUGAAGACAUUGAAGUAAGGGAUCAACCACUGAGUCAGUCAAGUUCUAGGAUUUCUCUGACGCAUACUCGAUCUCUUUCGGGACAGUUUGAAGGUGGUUUUGGAGCAAAGGGUAAGGAAUUGCCAACUAAAGUGACUGACUUUGAUCUGUCAGCUUCUCAUACACAGUGGAAAUUAUUUAAGGGUGAAGUUGAUCAUGCAAGGAAGGAGGACACUGAACAGAUAAAAGAGGACGAUCUUGAAGCUUCAAGAAUGAAGGUCCAGAAACAAUCUUCUGGUCCAGAACCAUUUAGGAAGCUGCAGGGUAGGAGGGAUGAGAGUGGGUCUAUUCCUGGAAGCAACAAGCUGAGCUUUCCCAGUAAAAAGUUUUCUGAGACUAAAGAGAGCAUUGGUACUCUGCAAGUACCAUCAGCAGAUCAGGCUCAGAGGUUUAGGCAGUCUAAGGGGAAUCAAGAGCUGAAUGAUGAGCUGAAGAUGAAGGCAAAUGAGCUUGAAAAGCUUUUUGCUGAACAUAAACUUCGCGUUCCUGGUGAUCAAUCCAGUUCUGCUCGGAGAAGCAAGCCUACUGAGGUGCAAACUGAACAGGCAGCAAGUUCGCAGUACAGAAAACCCGUAGCAGUAGAGAUAUCUCCUGUUCAGUUUCAGGAAAAGAAGACAGCGCUUGAAUCAAUUGGGAGUUCUAGUGAUAUUGGAAAGUUUAGCACUCCACCAAAAAAGAUGGUAGAUCAUCAGGAAUACAGCAGUUCUCUGAGGCAGAGUUUCUCUGAGCUUAGUUUUUCAGAUGAUUCUAGAGGAAAAUUCUAUGAGAGGUACAUGCAGAAAAGAGAUGCAAAACUGAGGGAGGAGUGGGGUACAAAAAGAAUGGAGAAGGAAGCCAAGUUGAAGGCCAUGCAGGAAAGCCUUGAGCAGAGUAGUGCUGAGAUGAAGGUAAAAUUUUCUAGCUCUGUGGACAGACAAAAUUCAUUGUCUACUACUCGCCGACGUGCAGAAAAGCUCAGAUCAUUAAAUUUUAAUUCGAGUAUGAAGAGAGAACAGCCAGUAGAUUUCAUUCAGAGUGAAGAGGAUGAAGAUCUUUCUGAGUCUCCAGAGCAUAAUUAUUAUGGAGAAGACAGAUCAUUCAGUGAGGCAUUUUCAGGAGACAUUGCUCCUAGGAGCGCUCAAAACAAGAAGCUCUUACCAAACAGAAAUUUGUCUUCAUCCACUCCUCGCACCACAGUAGCGCCAGUUCCACGGUCAUCAUCGAAAAUUUCCAACCAAAGUUCUGGGAGGCGGAGAGUACAGUCAGAAAAUCCUCUUGCACAGUCUGUUCCGAACUUCUCCGAUUUCAGAAAAGAGAACACAAAACCCUAUUCUGGAGUUAGCAAAGCAGCAAAUCGCUCGCAGGUGAGAACCUAUUCCCGCAGCAAGAGUUCCAGUGAGGAGAUACCUCUUGCCAAGGAAGAAAAGAACCGGCGGUCUCAGUCCUUGCGGAAAAGCUCUGCUGGUCCUAUUGAGUUUAAGGAUUUGCCCCCAUUGAACUCAGAUGGUGUUGUUUUGGCACCAUUGAAAUUUGAUAAAGAGCAGACUGAGCAGAUCCCAUAUGACAAAUUCUCGAAGAAUGCGGAAUCAAAACCUUUCCUCAGGAAGGGUAAUGGCAUAGGUCCUGGUUCUGGAGCUACUAUUGCCAAACUGAAAGCUAUGGUGGCAUCUGAGACUUUAAAAAAUGAAGAAUUUGAAGAAUCACCCCUUGAGGCAGAAGAUUCAGUUGAUGAAACAAAGGAAGAAGAUGAAAUAAUAGAGGUUGAAGAUUGUGCUAAUAUGGAUAAUGGCAAACCAAGACUAAGCCAGGAUUCGGACAAGAUGGGUAUGUCUGGAUCUGAGAACGGUGAUUCUCUGAGAUCUAUUUCUCAGAUUGAUCCUUCUUCAGUUGCUGAAUUGCCUGCAUCCGUGCCUUCAACAUUCCAUGCUGUAGGGUCUCUGCAGGAAUCACCUGGGGAAAGCCCUGUGUCCUGGAACUCGCGCAUGCAUCAUCCAUUUUCCUAUCCACAUGAGACCUUAGAUAUUGAUGCUUAUGUGGACUCUCCAAUUGGGAGUCCUGCAUCAUGGAAUUCUCAUUCUCUGAUCCAAACAGAGGCGGAUGCAGCUCGUAUGAGGAAGAAGUGGGGAAGUGCGCAGAAACCUAUUCUUGUUUCCAAUUCAUCGCAUAAUCAGUCUCGCAAGGAUGUGACCAAAGGGUUCAAACGGUUGCUAAAGUUUGGAAGGAAAAGUCGUGGAGCAGAGAGUUUGGUUGACUGGAUUUCUGCUACAACUUCUGAAGGAGAUGAUGAUACAGAAGAUGGGCGAGAUCCUGCCAAUCGGUCAUCAGAAGAUUUGAGGAAGUCAAGAAUGGGAUUCUCACAGGGUCAUCCUUCAGAUGAUGGCUUUAACGAAAGUGAGUUGUUCAAUGAGCAAGCAUUUAAUGCAGUUCAAGCCUUACACAGCUCCAUACCAGCACCUCCAGCAAACUUCAAAUUGAGGGAUGAUCAUGUAUCUGGAAGCUCUAUUAAAGCACCACGGUCAUUCUUCUCAUUGUCGACAUUCCGAAGCAAGGGUAGUGACUCAAAGCUUCGAUAG